GAAAAUUCGAGAUGCCACAUAUGAAAAUGCCAAAGGUAGACAUAUCACUUCCAAAAGGAAAAGUCUGGAGAAAUUAGAGCACCAGAAAUGGAAGUCGAAGGAGGAAAAUUCGAGAUGCCACAUAUGAAAAUGCCAAAGGAGACAUAUCACUUCCGAAAGGAAAGUCUGGAGAAAUUAGAGCACCAGAAAUGGAAGUCGAAGGAGGAAAAUUCGAGAUGCCACAUAUGAAAAUGCCAAAGGUAGACAUAUCACUUCCAAAAGGAAAAACUGGAGAUGUUAAUGCACCUGAAUUUGAAAUUGAAGGUGAGGGUGGAAGAUAUAAGAUGCCAGAAAUCAAACUGCCAAAGAUAGAUAUUACAUUGCCAAAGGGAAAAUCUGCUGACAUUGAUGCUGAAAUCAAACAGCCCAACGCUGAGGGAGAAGGAAAGAUUAAAAUGCCUUCGAUUGGUUUACCAAAGUUUACAACUCCCRACCUUGAUUUGGACAUGAAUGUUGGAAAACCCAACCAUGGAGAUGAGGUUCAUGAGACAAGUUCAGACAAAACUGGUUCACAUUCAAAGCGAGAUCAUAAGAUGAAUAUCAAAAUGCCAACAAUAGACAUAGAGUGCCCAAAAGGAAAUCUGGAGCUGGAUAUAGGCUUCCACAAAGUUGAGGGAAAGAAAGACAGAAAAAGAAUAGAGUUGCCUGACUUAGACCUUAAAACUUCUGGUACCAAAGUUAAGGGGCCAAAAGUCAAAGGCACCAAAUUCAAAAUUGGAAUGCCAAAAAUGAAGAACACUGGAGAUCAAGCAUUAGAUGCAGCCACAAAGAAGACUGAGAAAGACAAUGAAGGGGUCAGUGGUAGAUUUAUGAUUAAGAAGACAAAGCUUGGCAAAGGUGCAGAUGUGGAGGCAGAUGCGGAGGCAGAUGCGGAGGCAGGUGGUUCUGUGUUGCCAAACAUCUUCCUCCCAGAUGUGGGCUUCUCAGUAUCCAAAGGAGCCAGCCAAGAGGGUGAACCUCAUGGUCCAGAGAUUAGUGCCAAAUUGCCAAAAUUCAAACUCCCUAAUGUGGAGAUCUCAGAUCCUUCAGUAACAGGCCAAGGAGGAGCACAGAUCAACAGUGGACAACAAGAAGACAAACUGGGUAUCAAGUUUCAAAUGCCUGUGGGGCUGAAGAGUAAACAAGGCUCUGCCGAGCCCACUGGCACAGAUGCCAGCACCGAGAAUGAAUUCACAUUACCUCAUCUUGGAAUCAAAUCCCCCAAAAUACCAGAUAUAGACUUUGAUAUUGGAGCAUCUCAAACUGGGGACCAUGGGGCAGAUACAAGUACAAGACAAAAAAUCAAAAUACCCAAGUUCGGGGUGGCUUUACCUGCUAUUUCUUCACCUGAAGCUAGAGUACAUUUGAAGGACCCAGAGGUUGAAGGCCCUAAAAUGCCCAAAGUUAAAAAAGCUGUAUUUGUUCUGGUGAAUCCCCAAACAGACCACUCCACUAUGUCCACCAGUGUAGAGUCUGGAGAGGCAAACAUCAAAAUGCCAAAGAUCAAAAUGAAGCCAUCGUUUGGAAUGUCAGGAUCCAAGGAAAACAGUGCUGCUUGGAGCAUUGAAGGAGAUGUGGGUGGAGAUGACAAGUCAAAGGGAGCAAAGCUAAAAAUGCCCAAAGUUACCUUCUCUCCAGGCAAAACAGGUUCAUUUGAUGUAACCCUAAAAGGUGAGGGGUCUAGUUCCAGCCUCAAUGGUGAGAAAGAUCCAACAUUCCAGAAUGGAUCCAAGGAGGAUAAAGCUAAAUUAGGGAAGCUCAAGCUUCCAAAGAUAGAGUUCUCCUCACCAUAUUCAAAAAUAGGCAGUGGAGAAGAGGACCUUGAAAUGAGUGCUAAGCUUGUCAAUGAGUCCUCAGGAACAGACAGAGAAACCAAGGGGACGAAAGUGAAAUCAGGCAACAUUUCCUUCCCGGGAUUUAAGAAGAAGACAGCAAAAGGAGAGGAGGAAACUCAAGACAAUGUGGUGUCCUCAUCGGCCAGGACAGAAAUGCUAGAUCGAGAUAGUUCAGAAUCACAAACGCCCAUGGUCUCCAUUGGCUUUGUACCAGGGAAGUCUAGGGGGCAGGCAGAGGCAGAGAGCAGCAAAAAGGAGAUGGUAGAAGGAGAGCAGUCGACCUGGUUCAAGGCCCCCAAAUUCAACCUGAAACACCACUCAACAGGAAUCCUUCACAUUACACCAGAAGGUUCUCCCCAGGGCAGCAGAUCCUCGCUCCAGUGCCAGGGUUUAGAUGAAACUGCUGGUACCUUCCGGCUCCAGAUGCCAAGCAUGCGGUUCUCCACCCAGGAGGUGUCUGAGGAGAAUGUUACCACAACAAAGAAGGGAACAGUAACCGUGGUGACAAAGACAACAAAACAUACGGUAACAGAGUCAAGAACUGGUCAAACCCACACAUCGCUAUCCCAUUGUAAUUACUGAAGUCCGAAGAGAUGUGAGAGUAAUAUAUUUUUCCUCUGUCCUGUUGUGACCACUGUUUUUGUAACUGUUCCUCCGCAUUUUUUUUCUAUUUUAGUCUUUAUCAUAUUUGAUCGUUUUACUGGUUUAAAUCUGAAUAUAAAUUAAUGAUGUAUUGUUGUUCAUAUAUUUUUGGGGGCAAAAAUAACACACAUUUUAAUAUCCAAAAGGAAAUGUAAUUUUUCAACGCCUUCCCAUUUUAUUUACCGACAUUUACUUGGGCAUGAUUGUAGAAUUAGACUGACAAAGAACACAAACCAAUUUAUCAAAAGCAAUUUGUAUGUAAAUACAAAAACCUGUAAUUAUUUUCAUAUUACCGAUGAUAGGAAUAGUAACAAGGACAUUAGUGAUUUGUGUUAAUGUAUCUGAGACUUGAGGAUGGUGUGAGAUUUGUGGUUUAAUUAUUUACUUUCUUAAGCUUGUUUUUUCUUUCUGAUAUAUUAAGAUUUUUGCAAUUAUACCAUACAUUGAAAUGUAAGAUUAAAGGCUUCUACAGUGCAAUACAUUUCAACACUCUCUAUGAGAAUCAAGAUAAGUAGACGAAACCUAAAAUAAUAGGAAACUAUCAUCUGAUAUGAAGGUUAAUGAUUUAAAGAAACAGAACACGUACUCUCUUUAAUUGAAAUAUUUCAAAACCUCUUGGACAAAACAAUGUUUCAAUGUCUCCAUUGAGACAGUUUAUUGUUCCUUUUCUUUUUUGGUGAGUUAGAAAGUAGAAAUUCAAUGUGUGUGCUAAACUGCAUUGGAAGAGUCUCAGCAAUCUGUCAAACAAGUUUACAAGUUUUCAUUAACCAGAUUUAACACCUGUUGGAGCAAAUAACCAUAUAGAAAUAACCAUAUAGAAUGGUACAUGACAAGGAGAGAACAUGUUCAUGACCAGAUAACACAGUAUUUAUAUGUAUAGAGAGAUUUUUACAAAUACCUUUGUGAUUAGCAUGUUUUCAGUGCAUAUGGCUUCACAAUAAGCAGUUUUCAAAGCAAAGUGUUAUUAAGUGCCAUUAUAAAUAAUGUUGUUAAGAGAUCAUAUUAUUAAUAAACCUUAAUAUUCCGAAGAA